CGUCAUCCACUUCGGUACCCGGCUCGCAGUCGAGCGUCGUUCGUUGUACGGUGCGGUUGUGACGUUCGCGAUUCGUCUCGACGCUUUAUACGUUCGAUAUAUGUACAUAUUUGUAUAUGUGUGACAUUGUGCACGCGUUUUCUUUUUUUCUUUGAACUAUACAUAUAUACAUGAAGUGUUUGUGAUAGUGCAUAGAGAUCAUCGGUGUGUGUCGGUUAUAUUUUUUCGCAUAGUGCCAAGGUGGAUUAAAGACGUAUCUCCUGAGAAAACGAAACGCAAGAAGCAGGAAAGGAGUCACGAGUAGAGUUGGCGAAGAUCUUGAUGCUGAACACCGAGGGAAGACCGUUGGCGUUUCUCCAAGAUUCUGAGAAUGUUACUGCAAAGAUCGAGCCGGGGAAUGGAUCAUGAAAUGACCGUGUACAAAGGACAUUGCGGACGCGUGUGAUUCUUGCGGAUUAUUUAGCCACAAUUAAGAUGUACCCCGCGCCGGCGAGACACCCAGCCGCUCCCGGUGGCGGAGGAAGCGGUGGGGCUGCGGGAGGUCUGAAAUUCACGGUGGCUGACACUUGCGAGAGGAUCAAAGAGGAAUUCAAUUUCAUCCAGCAACAGAACCACUCACUGAAGAUCGAAUGCGAGAAACUGGCCAGCGAGAAGACCGAGAUGCAGAGGCAUUACGUUAUGGUAAGGCACUUUUACUACGAAAUGUCUUACGGCCUAAACGUGGAGAUGCACAAGCAGACCGAGAUCGCUAAGAGGUUGAACGCGAUAAUCGUCCAGCUACUCCCAUUCCUGGCACAAGAGCAUGGCUUGCAGCAUCAGCAGCAGGUGGCCAAUGCCGUAGAGAGGGCGAAGCAAGUCACGAUGUCCGAGCUGAACGCUAUUAUUGGGCAACAGCAACAACAGGGUUUGCAACAGCUAUUGCAACAGAUUCACGCGCAGCAGCUGCCACAUGGUGCGGUCGUCGGUGGUCUUCCACCGGCGGGGCUAUUGGGCUUCGCAGGUGCGGCCGCGGCAGCCGCAGCCGCGGGGGUGCCACCUCAUCUAGCUCCACCACCGCAUCCCGCGGCUGCGGCUGCGGUUCAAGCACAAGCGCAGGCGCUGCUGAAACCUUCGGACCUGCAACAACACCGAGCGGCCGCGGAGACGCCCGAGGAUCGUAAACCGAUCGCUCUUACCGACGAGAGACUCAGACGAUCCGUGUCGCCGCCGGAGAAAUUCCGCAGCCGCACGCCUGACCUCGAGAGCGAUCCCAAGAGGCGGAAGGAGGAGAAGCUCGGACACGACAGCGACGCAGAGAAGAGCGAUCAGGACUUGGUGGUGGAUGUCGCGAACGAGGUCAGUUCAUCUUCCCGCAAUGGAACGGAUUCGAUAUCUUUAUUAGCGAGUUCAUUGGUCAGAAGCUAUUUGCAAGAGGCAUCGUCGCCGCACGCGAAUGGCGACCAUUCGGAUCCACGUGAGAACGGCACUCUAGAGAAACUGGGCGCCCCAGGACACGUAGGACCUAUUUCCGGUGCUGGCUCCACAUCCGUAAAAGACAGGCCCCCAUCGCGGAGUGGAAGUUCAUCCGCUCGUAGCACACCGUCUCUGAAAAGUAAAGAUAUCGACAAGCCGGGUACACCUGUGGCGGCGGCGAGGGGGUCGCGCAGCUGUACGCCAACUAUGGGAGGAAUCCCUGGUCCCUUGGCAUCGCGGGUCUAUCAUCCGCCAUCGUCACAGCAAACGCCACCGCAGGGCUAUCAGGGUUUGCCGUCCCGCGGCAAUGAGCCGCCACAAUCGCCUUCGCCGUACAGCAACUUACCAUACGCCAGGACCUCGAUGCUCGGCUUCGACGCUCACGUGAGGAUACCAUCGACUAACGGGAUAAGCAACAUUCCGGGUGGCAAACCAGCGUACUCGUUCCAUAUGAACGGCGAGGGUCAGCUGCAGCCAGUGCCAUUCCCCACAGACGCUCUGAUAGGGCCGGGAAUUCCACGUCACGCGCGUCAGAUUAAUACCUUGACUCAUGGCGAGGUUGUGUGCGCCGUCACCAUCUCGAAUCCGACCAAGUACGUCUACACGGGCGGCAAAGGGUGCGUUAAAGUCUGGGACAUCGGACAUGGAGGCGGUGGCAGUAUCAAGCACGUAUCGCAGUUGGACUGCCUACAACGCGACAAUUAUAUUAGAUCGGUAAAGUUACUGCCGGACUGCAGAACCCUAAUAGUUGGAGGGGAGGCGAGUCAGCUGAUCAUCUGGGACUUGGCUAGUCCUACACCGCGAAUCAAAACGGAACUGACGUCAGCGGCACCGGCCUGUUACGCGUUGGCGAUCUCGCCAGACUCGAAGGUCUGCUUCAGCUGCUGCAGCGAUGGCAACAUCGCCGUGUGGGAUCUACAGAACGAGACGUUGAUUCGACAGUUCCAAGGCCACACGGACGGUGCCUCCUGCAUCGAUAUCUCGGCGGACGGUUCGAAGCUGUGGACAGGAGGGUUGGAUAACACGGUGCGUUCGUGGGACCUAAGGGAGGGUAGACAGUUGAAGCAACACGACUUUACCUCGCAAAUAUUCUCAUUGGGCUAUUGCCCAACCGGAGAAUGGCUCGCUGUGGGUAUGGAAAAUUCGAACGUGGAGGUGCUUCACGCUACCAAGUCCGAUAAGUAUCAACUGCACCUACACGAGUCGUGCGUGUUGUCGUUACGCUUCGCCUCUUGCGGCAAAUGGUUCGUCUCCACCGGCAAGGAUAAUUUGUUGAACGCAUGGCGCACACCGUACGGAGCUUCGAUAUUUCAGUCGAAGGAGUCUUCGUCGGUGUUGAGCUGCGACAUCUCUGCCGACGACAAAUAUAUCGUGACUGGAUCCGGUGACAAAAAGGCCACUGUAUACGAAGUGAUUUACUAGACGUGCACGGUAAAGACGUUUCACGCUUUCCUCCCUUGGUCGAAACCUGAACUCUAUAACACGCUCUCCCUUUUCGCGGGGGAGAUCCUACAAGUGAGACUUUUUAGCAGCCUUAGGAACAUAGACUGUUACUAUAUUGUGUAUAUAUACAUAACAAGUCUGUAUUAACGAUAGAAACCGCGUUCGAAAGAAACAAAGCAUAGAAGAAAGAACAGAAGAAAGAGAGAGAGAGAGAGAGAGAGAGAGACAAAUAGUGAUAAGAAGAGUAAACAAAAAAAAAAAAAAAAAAACGGAGGAAAAGAACUAAUGCUAAUUAUGACGACGGUCGAGAAACCAAUGUGUGUGCCAGAGGAAAAAGCUGUACAUGUAUAUUUAGGAGUUGCGUGUGCGUGACCCAACUGUACGUACGACCGUGUGAUUUAAACGUAGAGAGAACUUUCUUUGUCGCGUGUAUACAACGAGAACGUGUUAAUGGGACGUUACCAAGCGAUUUUGCAUGCGCGUUAAGUGACCAGGAGAGCCUUGCAAAUGGUGAUGCUAGAUACGGUUUCGUAUUAAGUACCUAAUUAUAGAAUCAACAUGCCCAAGAUGACAUCAUACGACAGAUAAAACACGUGAAGAACGAACAGUCGGAGCCUGUCUAACAAAAAAUUAUACUUGUUCUCGCCUAUUGUAAUUUUCUUCAAAACUUUUACAACUUUUGCAAUCGCUGUCCCUUUAACGUGUCUACGACCACGAUAACGAGUCGACGAAUACUAUUGCUGUAUACCGAUGUAUACAUGUAUAUCUAUGAUAUACAUGUGGAAUCGUUUCGAGAAAAUCGCUGGUCGUACCAUUAUCGUUACAUACCUUGGAUAAUGCGUUUCGCUAUAGACUACAAACAAAGUAUAGUCGAUUAAUACGUUAUGCUGUCGUGAACAAGAAAAAACGAAGACAGGUGAAUGAUAACUAUACAUCGAAUUUAUUUAUUUCGUAUAAAAUUGUUCGUUUCGUUGGAACACUAUAGUCACGAGAGGAUUUGGUCGUUCGAAUAUUCGUGCAUCAUCCAAACUAUCAAAGCAACGACUGGUAACAUUCGUUCUGAAAUCAUUGACGAAGGAUGAUCGUGCCGUUUCUCCUUAAAAAAAAGGAAAGGAAAGUAAACACGAGACUUGUACCAUGGGAGCAGUGUUGUGUAUUCUCUACAUUCUGAUCAACCAUGAUCAUUAAUUAAUUUUAAAUAUAUCGAUAAAAAACGA